AUGGGAGGAGGAAUGGGGGGAAUAGGUAGAGGAGGUUUGGGGGGAAUGGGCAGUGGUGGAGGAAUAGGGUCCAGAGCUGGAGAGCCGUAUCGUCUGGCCGCUCAUGACAGCCCAACCUCCCCUCGACACAUGCAGUCCAGCCAAGGGUCGGGCAUGGGGCAGGUCUCAGGAUACGGCCAUGGGGUGGGUCACACCGCAACUGGCUCCAGUAUGGCAGGCCACGGUGGCCAAAGUCCCGGUCAGCAUGCCUCCCGCCGAAACCUCCAAGUCGACUUCAGUGGCUCGGGUGGCUCUCGGACGGGCCGGUCUCCUUCAGUGUCUCCUGACCGCGGCGUGACUCCCACCUCGCCCUACUCCCUGCCGCAGAUCGCACCCAUGCCAAGCAGCAAACUGUGCCCAGUGUGCACCACCACAGAGCUGUCCAAUCCACCGGCUGUACCCAACUACAACACUUGCACCCAGUGCAAGUCCACCGUGUGCAACCAGUGUGGAUUCAACCCCAACCCCCACCUUACUGAGGUCCAGGAAUGGCUAUGUCUGAAUUGUCAGAUGCAGCGAGCUCUUGGCAUUGAUAUGACCACACCUCGCUCAAAGAGCCAACAGCAAAUUCACUCUCCGUCCCACCAAGCCAAGCCCAUCGUCCAGCCACAGCAGCCCAUUCCACAGCCAACACAGCCGGCUGCUGCUGCACAGCCCAAACCUCUGGCACAGAGUCAGUCGACUCAACAGCAACAGCAGCAACAGCAACCUCAUUCCCAGCCUUAUGGCCAAACUAAUCCCUACUCCCAGUCUCAGCCAUAUCCUCAGUCCCAACAGUAUCCCCAGACCCAGCCUCAGCCUUACCCUCCUUCACAACCAGGACCCCAGACGCAGACUCAGACACAUCCAGGCCUUGGUGGCCCCCAGUCUAAGACAACACCCUCUCAACAGGGCGUGAGGUCUGACCCGUACUCCCAAAGAGGUGUUGGACCUCAAGGAGGUGCUGGAGGUCCGACAGGUGGCCCUGGCCAACAAGGAGGUCCUCGAAUUCCCCACCCAGGUGCUGUACCUCUGCCUGGGUUAACUAAGGCACCCUCCCAGCCAGAUUUAGGUCGAGGUUCUCCGAUGCAUCAACCUGUGACACGUCCCCAUGACCAGACGAGAAGCGCUGGAUCUUCCCCUGCCCACCGACCUCAGAGUCAGGCCCCUGCCCAGGAUGGUCUGACCAAACUGUUUGGCUUUGGGGCAUCGCUGCUCAAUCAGGCUAGUACCCUGAUCAACGUUGACCCUCUACCCACAGCCUCAACACAGUCGAGCCCUGCGCGAGGUAAAGUGGUGUUCAGCAAUGCAACUCCCGAGAACAGACAACAAGGGACCAGCAGCACUAAGCCUUUCAGCAUGGGGGGUCCUCAUGCUCCAGGCCAAAUUGGGGGUCCACAGGCAACAAGUCAAGGAGGAGGUUUAAGUGGACCAUAUCCGCCAACCCAAUUGGGGGGACCUCAAGCACCAAGUCAAAUGGGCGGUCCCCAUGCGCCCGGUCCAACAGGAGGCACCAUUGGUGGACCUCAAGGGCCAACCCAAAAGCAACAGCAGCCGGCUGGACUCCAAAAACAGCAAACGCCGCCACAGCAGCCACUUACACAGCGUCAAAAAGAGCAGCAAGGACAGCAGAUGCCUGCUCCCCAGCAGAAAGUGUUGCAGAAACAGGAACCAGUGUCGGCGCCCGUGACUGCUCCAGAGGCCGAGAAGCCCAAGGUGAAAUGUCCUCUCUGUAAAACAGAGCUGAACAUCGGCAGCACCGACACACCCAACUACAACAACUGUACGCAAUGUCAAAGCCAAGUGUGCAACCUGUGUGGCUUCAACCCAACGCCGCAUCUAGUAGAGAAAAAAGAGUGGUUAUGUCUUAACUGCCAGACCCAACGGCUGUUGUCUGGAGGAGCCCUUGACGAGCCUCCUCUUCCUGUUCCCCAUCCUUCCCCGAAGCACCAACCAAUGGGCUCACCUCGUCACCAGACGCCGACCAGUCAGCAAAGCCCUCUCCACAAGUCAACCACUCAGCAAGGACCCAAACCGGUCCAACCCCAGGGACAAAAAUCUCAGAUGGGAACAGGUCUCGGUGGACCUACUGGUCCCACGCCUGCCAAACAGCCCACCGAUGCUAAGACCACAACCCCAGCCACAGCACCAGUGCCAACCCCCGAGGCCCAGAAACCCACGAAACCACCAGAGGAGAAGCCCAAGACGGAGCCUGAGAACCAAACUGCCAAAGACACCAAACCUUUGCAGAAGAAAGGGGAGCAGAUCACUCCAGUAAAGGAAAUCAAGAAGUCAAGGCACUAUGACGACACAAAAAACAACAGCACCCAUGACUUGUCACGCAGCCCUCAGAGUCUCAGUGACACUGGCUACUCCUCUGAUGGGAUCUCCAGCUCACACAGUGAAAUUACAGGUCUAAUCCAAGAGGAGGAAAUGAAGCUGAGUGAGAGGGGAAUCAGUGGGCGGGGCUCUCCUCCAAGCCCCUCUGAAAUCACCAAGCUAGAGAGCUCGAUGAGGCCACUGCUGGAGAAAAGCCUCUCUGAGGAAAAGCCUGACAGAAGGGGAAGAAAGCACAGGGACAGAGACUUGGAUGACAGAGGAAAACACCGACCACGUUCCCUUUCAAUUCCUCCAGAUGCAUAUGAUUCUGAUGAGGAAUUAGAGGAUAUAAUGGAGGAAGAGGAAGAUGGCAGAGACUGGGAGAGUAAACGAAAAGACGUAAAGGAAGAUAGGAAAGAAAAGAAGAAGAAGGAAAAGGAAAAAGACGCUGAUCAAACAGAGAUGACUGAUGAGGAGUUCAUGAGGAGGCAAAUAAUGGAGAUGAGUGCUGAUGAGGACAAUGAGGAGGAGGAGGAAGAGGAAAUGGAGGAAGACGAAGAUGAGGAAGAUGAAGGUUAUGGCUACCAGAAACCGAAGAAAAGCCACCAUAAGCACAUCAUUUCUGACUCAGGGAAAGAAAAGAGACGGCUUCAGCACCAUUCGAGUAGUUUUGAGGAGGAAACCAAGACCUCUGCCGAUGUCUAUAAGGGUUCUGUGGAGGAAGGGGAGGAAGAUGUUAUGGCGUCUCAAGGGGGGCUGAGGCGCUUUAAAACCAUUGAACUCAACAACACCAACAGCUACAGCCGAGAUAUGGAGUUGAGCAAUGAAAAUGAUUUAAACCUGGAUCGGGAGCCAGAGCUGGAGAUGGAAAGCUUAACCGGAUCUCCAGAGGAGCGUUCUAGGGGGGACUAUUCUUCGACUUUGCCUCCAACUUCAUCUUCAUAUGGUUCAGGACAGUCUCCAACAUCCAUUUCAUCAAUGGAGGAAGACAGUGACAGUAGCCCAAGCAGGAGGCAAAGACUGGAGGAGGCCAAGCAGCAGAGAAAAGCACGCCACCGGUCUCAUGGCCCCCUGCUUCCGACCAUUGAAGACUCCUCAGAAGAGGAUGAACUCAGAGAGGAAGAGGAACUUCUGAGAGAGCAGGAGAAGAUGAGAGAGGUAGAACAGCAGAGAAUAAGAAGCACAGCGAGAAAAACCAAAAGGGAUAAGGAGGAGCUGAGGGCCCAAAGACGCAGAGAAAGAUCCAAAACACCACCUAGUAAUUUGUCACCAAUUGAAGAUGCUUCCCCUACAGAGGAACUAAGACAAGCAGCAGAGAUGGAAGAGCUUCAUCGUUCCUCUGCUUCUGAAUAUUCCCCCCAAAGUCUGGACUCUGAGGCCGAGGGGUACGAGUCCAAAAUCUACAAAUCGGGCAGUGAAUACAAUCUGCCUACUUUUAUGUCUCUCUAUUCACCUAUAGAGAAAUCUUCCUCAACUACAACAACCACUGCACCAUCAUCGACCUCCAAACCUCUGAAAAGUGCUGAGGAAGUUUAUGAGGAAAUGAUGAGAAAAGCAGAAAUGCUGCAAAAGCAAGAAAAGCUACAACAGCAGCAACCACAACGACAUGGACAGUACUAUGAGGAGGACAUGAAUGGACAAAAUUACGACGAUGACUAUGACUAUGAACAAGAUCAAAUGGGAUAUGACAAUGAAGCAGCAGAAACAGAAAAUGACAUUUACGAGGAAAUACGACAAACAUCUCAGAACAUCACGAAGAUGCAACAGGCCACAAAUGAGCAAGUCGAGAUUGAAAUUGAGAGUUCUUUUGCAGAUAAGCAGCUGCUGGACACAGGCUCCGCCUUUGCUAAACUAGUAGAGCAAAGCAAUGCGCUGUUAACUCCUGGGACAAGUCCUACCCAGGUCUCAGCUCCUGUCUCCUUUGCUGAGAGUGGAGGUCGAAUACCAGACGUGAGAGUAAGCCAGCACUUCACCGUAAAGGAUGGGCACAAAGACAGAAUUAAAAGCCAAGCAGGAAAGAACGGCAUAACUCCAGCGGUGGCUGCUACCACCAUUGCAGCUUAUGGGGUUUAUGCCAGAGACGCAGUGACAAUUUCCCAAACAGGAUCAAGCCACACUAUGACAUCAACCCAAUCUGAUACCUCACGCAGACACACAGGGAGUCUUGCCACAUCCUCAGCUACAGUCUCAAGUGUAUGUAGCAAGAUCGCAGAGAUUACCCAGGCCUAUAGUCAAAGAGAAGUUAUUACCAGAAGGAUUGGGGAGACAAGAGGUGUUCAAAUGCGAGAAAGCUCGACAUCAUCUGCUGAGAGAAUUAUUGAACCACGCUCUCCUAAGUAUACUACAUAUUACAGGAGCACAAGUCCUCCUCUCUCUCCAUCACCCCCACCACCACAAAGUCCUAUUCGCUCCCCUUCCAGAAGGUCUACUGCUGAGUUCUCCACACAGACCUUCAGCUCAGCACUGCGGAUGGAGCCAGCUGGUUCUGGGCCCACAUCACCUGUGAUGGCUCAGGGAACCCAAACAGCACAUCGAUCAGUUUCCCCAAGGCUAUAUCGACAACAGUCUUCCCAGGAGGCUCCGUACUCCCCACCUCCAGGUCCAACUAGGCCAAUGACAGUGAACACUGCAACUUCUCCGUUAUCCUCACCCACUCGAUUUAGCCGUCAGUCAACAUUUGAUAGCUAUUCUCCAUGUGGCAGCCCCCCGGACACACCACCUUAUCAACAGUCACCUACACACAGCUUCUAUAGAGCACAAAGAGUGGAGAAGGUGAAUGUGGGGACAAGCAUGGUCACUACUGCUAGCUUAUACACCAGAGGGUCUGUGUCCAUGGAUAAUAUCUCUCUCUGCCGAAUAUCUACAGUCCCGGGUACCUCAAGGGUUGAGCAGGGCCAUAUGAUCCAAGGUGGUAGUGUUGUAGAUCUAAGAACUGCAACCCACUCAGCUCCCAUUAUCAUGACUGAUCAGGGAAUGGACCUUACUUCCUUAGCUACAGAAAGCAGGAAAUACCAUGGUGGACCAGAAGGUUCCAGGCAUUCAACAAUCAUACAGCCACUGAUUAUGAAUUUGAACACACAAGAGACCACCACACCUACCACUGUGAGUGUCACUGUGGCUGCUUCUAUGUUUAUGACCCAGCUAAAACAACCAGUGGUUUAUGGUGAUCCCCAUCAAAACCGAAUAGAUCUAGGUCAGGGCAUGGGCUCAGCGGUGUGUCUUUCCCAGAACAAAUCAGCAAUUUCUCCCCCAACUGACCCUUCCAUUCCAAAAAUCGAUGCAAAAUUGGAAGAUCUCAGCAUACAACAAAGAGAAUUGCAAAAACAACAAGAGAAGCUACAGAAACAACAAGAGCUCCUUGAACAACAGCUACAACAGCACCAUCAGUUGCAACAGUACCAAGUACAGGCAUCUGUUCUAGCCAAGUAUAACCUGACAGGCCAGGUCUCACCUUUGCCUAAAAAAAAUUUAUUAGUCAGUCAGACUAGUACUGCAUCUACAGUGGUCAGUGCUGUUUCACCAGUCAUUAAUCCUGAGCUUUACAGCACUGGUCCUGUUGAGCUGAAAGGGAAGCCCAGCCCACCUGGUGUGAUGCAAGGAGGUAAAUCACCACAUGGUAUGGUUGUACAAAUGGAUGAAGGGCCUGAGCCAGUAAGGGCAUUGACUCAACUUGUGAAGAUAGAAGAAGGACAGGAUGCAGUGGAUUUGACAGGAGGGCAAAUAAAACCUGAUCAACCAGCUUGUUGUGAUGUAGUUUACAGACUGCCCUUUGGUGGAAGUUGUGUUGGUGUCUCUGAGAAAGAGGGCAUAAGGCCACCAUCUGCCCCACCUAUCACAGAUGAGUCAGACCAAGAAAGACAACCUGGAAGAUACCAUGAGUACCCAAUGGAUGCACGUAAGGCUUACACGUUACCUUUUCCUGGUAGGCUUCAGCCUUCAAUGUCUGAUACGAACCUUGCUGAUGCUGGCUUACAGUCAUACCACUCUAAAUAUGAGCCACACCUCCAACAAUCUGGUGAACUUGUCAUGGACUUAACCGCUAUGAAACAGAGCUAUGGAGGAUAUAUGGGCAUGCAGUAUGGUUCCUACACAGAUUUACGUCAUGGAGGAGACAUUUCAGCACAAACGUUGCCGAUAAGACGAUAUAAUUCCUUGUCUAACAUCAGUUCAGAUUAUGGUUAUUCUGCUCGGGAUAUUGCAAGCUUCCAAGAAGCUAACUUGGCUCAGUACAGUGCUACAACUGCAAGGGAGAUAAGUCGAAUGUGCGCCGCACUUAAUUCUAUGGACCGAUAUGGAAGCAACCCAGACUUGCCGCAGUAUGGCAGCUUAGGCAGAGGUACUGGACCAAGUGCCUCCAGACUUGCAGCAGGUAUUGGCAUAAGGCAAAGUCUGAUCUUUGGAUUAGAUGGAAAGCCUAUGUCUCAAAAUCAAGCUCUGACAAAUCUUAUCAAUGCCAGGCAGGCUAGUCUGAGGGCCAUGUACCCUGCUGCUAUUAGGUCAUCUGACGGAAUGAUUUAUUCCACCAUUCAGACCCCAAUAGCUUCAACUCUUCCCAUCACCACCCAACCUGCAUCUGUACUUCGACCUCUUCUGAGAGGGGUCUAUAGGCCAUAUGCUUCUCCCAACAUGACACCAGUGCCCCUGGCCAGUCUCACUAGAUUACCCAUAAGCCCAAGAAUGCCCUUAACUGGACAAGUACCACUUCGUUAUCCAGCACCAGGUCUGCUUCAGACAACUUCAACCACUGCAUCUACUACUGUUGCUGCAUCCACUUCAGCACCAGGAGCAGCCCAUCUCCCCAUGUCUUUGACAACCACAAGCUCAAUAGCCCAAGAGGAACCUGUUUACCUUGGUAAAGUUUCCAAAGUGACCUCAGCAGAGGUCACUUCAGCACAAGGAGUGCUUGUCACAUUGACCGAACCACAGCAGCAGCCAAUAAACCUGUCCCAACAACAGAAACAAGUGACAACGGCUCAGCAGCCACAGCCUCCUCAUGCUGCUCACGUAUACCCACCCACAACUCCAGCAACAACCCAAAGCUACACCCAACCUGCUGCAGGCCCAUCGGUCCCCUCUAGUGGCUUGUCUAUUCCAUGUGGUCUUCCUCCUUUCCCUCCACCAGGUGCAAUACAUAAAGAGGGUGAAACGGAGGCAGAGAGGCUUCACCGACAGCAGGAGCAGCUCCUGCAGAUGGAGAGGGAGCGUGUAGAGUUAGAGAAACUUCGUCAGCUGCGACUGCAAGAAGAGCUUGAACGCGAAAGAAUGGAGCUGAAGUUGCACAGGGAGAAGGAGCAAUUUCUGGUGCAGAGGGAGUUACAAGAACUGCAGAACAUCAAGGAACAGGUGUUACAGCAGCAGCAGCAAGAGCGCGAGAAACAACUCGUUCUCCAACGAGAGCAGUUGGCCCAGCAGAAAUCCCAACUCGACCAGAUACAGUCUUUGCAGCAGCAGCUCCAGCAACAACUACAAGAGCAGAAGCGGCUGAAAACUGCUGCUCAGACCAUACAGCUGGAUAUGACUGGACAGCCACUGCAUCCCUACAUAGACUCUCAGAUGAGCUCGCGCUCUCUCCCUAACUCUUCCUCAGAGAUUUGUUUGAGGAAUCAGGAUGAACAACUGGAAGCCAGAGCUGGUAUGAGGAAACAUAGCUCCAUGAGCAGGCUGACCCGAGACACUUCUGAUGGAGACGGUGUGAUUUUCUAUGGCUCCCCUCGCAGAAUUGUGGAUAGUUGUGUACAGACUGAUGACGAAGAUGGAGAAGAGAGGUACAUGAUGCGUCAUCGUACCAGGAGGCGUGGUCGGAGCGUUGACUGCUCCGUCCAGACAGAUGACGAUGAGGAUAAGGCUGAAAUGGAGCAUCCAGUUCGCCGUAGACGCUCCCGGUUUUCCCGCCACGCUGAGUCCACGGCAGCUGGCACCAGCACUGCCUCGACAACCACCUCAACUUCAGACACCAAAGCUGACACAUCAAAGAUAGUUUCCUCCAGCAUCGCUGUCCAGACCAUCAGGGAGGUGUCCUGUCAGACCGAAGCUGAGCACCUAGGAAGAGUCUCCCCAGCAAUCCAUGUGACAUUACCAGACCCUAAUAAAGUAGAGAUUGUACACUACAUUUCUGGACCAGAGCGAACACAAAAAGGACAAUCUCUCGCCUGCCAGACUGACUCAGAAGGGCAGUCGCAGGGUGUUGUAGCUCCUCAGCUAACCGUGCCAACUACAGUCAGUCCAUAUUCUUCCUCUACCGUUACCGGAACAGGGCCAUCCAGUUCGGCUGACCUUCACGCCCAACAGCGCCAGCAGCAACAUGUUGCAGCAAAUGCAGCAAAAUUUGAGCGACGUCGUCCUGACCCAUUAGAUAUUAACUAUCAGCCUCACAACCACCUUCACAAUGAGUCCAUUUCCAGCCUCAUUCGGCAGCAACAAACAGCACCAAAAUCUCCACAGGUUCUCUACUCUCCUGUAUCGCCAGUGUCCCCACACCGCCUCCUGGAGACCUCCCUGUCAAGCGAGAGACUGAACAAGGCUCACGUCACACCUCAGCAGAAGUCUUAUACAGCCGAAUCCCCCCAGCGACACCCAUCUGUGCCCCGACCCAUCAAGAGCACCCAUAGGUCCAUGUCAGACCCCAGGUCCCUCAGCCCAACCACAGACGAGCACACCAAGGCCAGACUGUCCCUGUAUCAACAACAAGCACUCCAGAGCCAGCUGGCAGCCUUACAGCAAAGCUCUUUGCUUCGGAAGGUUAAGCGAACCCUGCCCAGCCCUCCUCCAGACGAGACUGCUACAUCAGCUCACUUGACCAUGAUGACACCUGCCCAACAACAGAUCUACUUGUCCUCUGUGCCCAGCCUCAAGCCCAGCUCAAGGUCUGGCCUGGCUGCUAAAGCCAGCCUCCUCAAAGAUCUCACCCACGAGCUGAAGGCCGUGGAGCAAGAGUCUACUAAGCUUAGAAAGCAACAAGCUGAACUGGAGGAGGAAGAGAAAGAAAUUGACGCUAAGCUGAGAUACCUGGAACUGGGAAUUCAUCAAAGGAAAGAGACUUUGGUAAAGGAGAGGGAAAGAAGGGACAUUGCCUACCUAAGAUGUAUGGGGGACACCAGAGACUAUAUGUCUGACAGUGAGUUGAAUAACUUGCGUUUAGCAGCUGCUGCUGCAUCACAUGAGACAAAUGGGCUACUAACAACCAGACCAAGCACUGCUCCACUUAGCCAAUUUACCAGUGACCUCAACACAGCAGCCCAGUACCCACCAACCUCAUCCUUCAUCUCUUGUCAAUAUCCCCAGAGCCAACCACCAGCACCUUCUCAGCAAUCAAGUGUGCCAUACCAGUCAUCCACAUUCAACCAGCCUCCUUACCCAACAGUGUCGCAGUCACAGGCCCUGCCACAGCCCAUGACCCUUCAGACGCAUCCCCCUCCUCCUGGACCUACCUUUCAACCUCAAACAUCCUAUCCUUCCCACACCUAUCCACAAGCUCAACCCCCUUACCCCCAAACUGAUUCGGGGUUACCAUCUGCACCUCAACCUCAGCCUCCAGCAGGGCCUACAGGUUUUGGACCUGCACCACCUGGUCAGCCACCAUACCCCACCCACAGCUCACCUUAUCCCAGCGCUGUGUCCCCCUACCCCACCCAGACAACCCCAUAUUCUGGGCAGCCCCAAGUUGAUAUUCUUACAGUUCACCCUGGAAGACCCAGACAGACAUCACUUGCUGAACUUGAACAUAAGAUACCAACCAACUAUGAGAUUAUCAGCAACCCGACAGUUGUGGUCACAACCACAGCCCAAGAUGCUACCUUUUCCAGUGCAGCGCCAGCCUAUGGUCCGUACAUAGGAACAACAACAAUAGCAAGCUCCUAUGGGCCGUAUGGAUCUGCACCUGUUUCCAGCAGUUAUGGUGGUUACUCCACAGUGCCUCCAAGCACUUAUGGUCCAUAUACAUCAACCCCAGCUAGUUCAUAUGGCCAGUACACAACAACUACUGCUAAUACAUAUGGCUACACCACCACCACAGCAAGUUCCUAUGGACAGUACACUUCAACAGUUUCCAAUGCCUAUGGACACCCUGUAGACAGUCCUUCCACCUACAGCACAGCAGAAGGAAUGUAUGGGGCUCCUGGUUUAGAGCAAAACAUUCCAAGAAACUACAUGAUGAUCGAUGAUGUGAGCGAGCUGACGGCAAAGGACGGGCUGGGCACGACAGCAGGGGAUAUGAUGCAUCAUGGCAGUAGCGGGCGUUACCCUGGCGACAUCCAUGGUCAUGGCAGCACAUCUGGCAGCACGGCGCGUGGGGGACCUGGCAGCUCCCCCUACGGCAGGGCACCUGAGGAGGAAGCAGCGAUGCAGGAUGAGCUGUACGACCACCACGGCAGGGGUAAGAGCAGCUACAGGCACGGACCUCUAGGGGGCAGCAGCAGCAGCGUGAGCACUAGCAUGGGUGGGGGAUCCCCCUAUUACUAUGACUACGACUACAAACUUGCCAGCAUCCGCUCCGGGGUACAGAAACCUUUGGCGUCCUCCAGAAGCCUUCUGGCCCCCGCUGUCAUGUCCUCCAAGCGCAGCAAGCACAGGAAGCUGGGGACGAUGGAGCAGAAAAUUUCAAAGUUUUCCCCAAUAGAGGAGGCUCGAGAUGUCGAGGCAGAUUUGGCCUCCUAUUCUACAGGUGAGGCUUACCCCUCAUCUCACAUUCGAGGGCGCCAGCUGAUCGAGGAUUAUGGCUUCAAGAGGAGUGCCUUUGAUGGCACCAGUGGCACAACUCAUGGAAGUCGACACUAUGGUAUGAUGGUGGAUGAGGACGAUCGGAUUUACUACACCUCAACUGGCCGCUCCCGUUCCCAUGGCUAUGGCAUGGACAAGAUCUCAGCCAGAGAUUACCAUGGCUAUCGAAGCAGAUCCUAUGAGAGAGACGACCGCUCCUACCGUUCUGGCUACAGAGGACGCCAUCCAACUCGGCAAUACUCUGAGGAGGAGAGCCCACUCAGCCCUUUGGGGAAGUUCAUGGGUUCUGGGAGAUCUUCGAGCUUAGGUCGUGACCCAUAUGACAGUCGCAGCAGUAGAUAUUAUUACUAUUAUGGCAAUUAUGGCUCCAGUCACUCGCUGCCAGAUGUUCAAGACCAUAUAAGGGACCUUCCCCGGACACAUGUCUACAAAUCGGAUGAUACAUACAUUAUUGAUGAUUAUCAUUGUGCUGUGUCAGACAGUGAAGCCUACCAUCUGGGCCAGGAAGAAACUGACUGGUUUGAGAAACCACGGUCCAGUUCUCGACACUACGGCAGCAGCCACUCUGGAAGAAGUCGGCAUGGUGUCAAGCACACCUAUCAUGAUUAUGAUGAACCUCCUGAGGAGGACCUGUGGCCGCAAGAUGAGUACAGCCAUGGUGGGCGGCAUUCAUCAUCACGUGACCACAGGCACCAUGGCACCUCUAGCCGGCACUCUUCCUCCCGUCACUCAGAUGAGCCGAGAUCCUCGAGGUCAUCUAAGGGGCAUCCCAAAGACCCGUCUAUGCGCCAUGACCCCUCAGGACGUUCUUCAUCUUCAGGAAGGCGUGGUGAGUCCAGGUCUGGAGGGUAUCACUCUUCCGACUACUCCCGGGAUCCAUCUGGACAUCAUCACGGCCAAAGAUCUUCCAGGCAGGGAGAUCCACACAGAUCAUCUCGCAGCAAAUCCCAGGGCCAAGUGGACAUGCAGGGUCAACCACCAGGCUCAUCCAGGUCCGGCAGCAGUACUGGGCGAGCCCAGGGCUCUGCUGGUGGUCCUCUAGGAUCCGGGCGACUAGGCGGUCCCGGUUCACAGCCGGAUGGGACCCAAGGACAGAGGACUCAGCUCCAACAGCAGGCCCAGACAGCUGCAGCCAGACCAGGACAGCCUGGCACAGCAUCGACCACAGGUCUUCAGCAGCAGCCGCCAGCCCAAGGUCAAGGCAUGGGCAUGGGGAUGGGCAUGGGGAUGGGCAUGGGCAUGGGCAUGGGUCAGGCCCAGGCCAAACCAGGGCAAAUGGGACCAGCAGGCAUGCCGAUGGGGCAGUCUCGACCAACUGGUGCAGCAGGAACCACACCGCCCACCAUGACAAAGAUCGACACACCUCCGGUAACGGCAAUUGGGGCGAAAGCAGCACCUGUCAUGGCCUCGAAGGCAGGCCAGCCCCCACUCACAGGAAUAGGCUCCAAAGCAGCUCCGAGACCCGGCGGCAUCGGCAGUGCAGCGGCAGGUCAGCCCGGCAUGGAGGGAGAAGGAAUGUUUUCCAAGAUUCUUCCUGGAGGCGCUGCUGAGCAGGCCGGCAAGCUGGGAGAAGCUAUCUCUGGCUUUGGCAAGAAAUUCACCUCCUUCUUCUGAGGUGACACAAAUAAGCAUGUCACAAAAUGUCACAAAAGAAGUCAUGAGACCUCAUACAAGAAAAACCUGUGAAGUUCCCCCUGCUUUUGUUUUCCUGAAAAAAGAGAAAGGAAGGAGAGAGAGGAUGAUGGCUGAGAGGAAAGCAGAGCGUUCUGAUCAUUUCAAGCCAACAACCAGCUUCAGACGGAUUCCCAUUGUUAUGCAGCUUCUCUCAGAAAAUCUGCAGGAGCUACAAACAUCUACAGCCCUGCAUGAGAACAGAGCAGCUGGGGGCUGAAAGCGAAGGCAGAAGGAACAGCUGUGCGACAGUGAUCACCCUCCCUGCCAGUAGGGGGAGCCGUGUCCACACAGAGGUCCUCCCCCAGCCUAACGCUUGGUUUUAAAAUAUCGGUUGCGUCGACGUGGCGCAAUCAACGACCGCAUCCUAACUUCCUGUAGAAGAUGGUAGCUUGGUUUUCCAGACUUGUAUUGGAGGAAUACAAGUCACCUCUCUUCUUUUCUAUCUUUUUCCAAAGUAAACAAUGAGCAAUUUUUUUUUUAAUUUUAAAAAAGUGAAAACUCAGAGAGGAAUUGCAGGUUUUUCUUGUAUGAAAGUCGUCUCGUUGGACCACCGAAUACUGACGAGGAAAUCAUCGAAACGUCACCAAGAAUGAGCCGGACGAUAAAGAAGCGGCGGCCGACGCAGCCCCAACAUGUCGCCACGCGUUCAUUCUGACCUUUUUUCCACCCUCUGUCGACAUUCCAGAUGGGGAGCUGUGCCCUUCUUCUUUACUUCUUUUGCGUUUCCUUAAAGCGAGCUCUUCUUUCUUUCCGCACGCCACUGCAACAAUUCACAACUUGCCAUGUCUCUAAACAAGAGGAGUGCGGAUCUCAACUAACAGAAAACAUGGGAAUGCAUGGAACUUCAUAACCAAGACCUUACACUGUUUCAUCAUUAUGUAACUGAGGCCAUAAAGACAUCUGAGCUUAAAGGCGUAAAUAAUAGCAAAGAAAGGUUAAAUAAGCAACACACAAGGAUCUGGCCAUAGGAAAAGAAGAGUUUUUGAUUUAUUUUCCUUUUUUUAAUUUCUUUUUUUUGUUUAUUUUUUAUUUAUUUUUGUUUUUCUUAAGAAAGCUGUAUGUCUAAGAGAGGCAAAUGAAACAGUGGGGUUACUUUCUAGCCAAUUUAAAGCCAUUAAGACAAUAUUUACAAUCAGUUUAUGUGGCAAAUCUCCAAAAUGCUCCACAAUUUUGGCUUUUAGUUAAUAUGCCUUCUUGUGUGCGUGUUUUUUUUCUUCUUCUGUGUCAAUUGCCUGUUUUUUAUGUUGCAGUUUACCAAUAUCGCCUUAAUUAUUUCAAACGUUUCAUUUUAAAUCAGAAGUGGCAUAUUUUUAUGUCGUCAGGUAAGCUGAGAGGUUAAUUUCUAUUUUUUUACCUUCACAUUGUUUUUCUUUUUUAUAUAAAUAUUUUCUUGUGAUAUGAUUUUAUUUGUUUUCUAGCGUUUCGUUCAAUUGAACCAGGCUCCCCGCCCCUUGACAAUUUUCAGACUCUUUGUUCCUACCAAUAAUUACGAAAGCAAUAGAGGAAGAGGUAAGAAAGUGAAUAGCACAAUUUUGUGUCCUUUUGCAAAAAUGUGUUGCCUUCGUUUGUGUGGUUUACCGCCGAAGCUCUGCUUUAGUGUGACUCAAACGCACCACUUGUACUGCUGCCGUAUGAACUUGGCAGAGGCGCGGGAGUCCGGUGACCCCCAGACUGCUUUUCUUCAGCUGGAGUCUGAGCUGAGAGCACUGCAGGGCAGCAGAGGCGCAGGGAAGCAGCAAACCUGGACUAUUCAUCACUCUUCACUGAGGGAAGCAGGAGGGAGUGUUUGCUUUUGUUCUGUUUUUAUUUUUUACUUAUUGGGGUUCUUCUGGUUCUCCGAGACGGACUCCGUACACGGCUGUAUCCGCAUGUGUCUUCACUCUGUCAAAUGUGAACCUGAAAGCACACUUGGCUUGGUGUCAGUGAUCUUACUAUAAAAAUAACCUGCUGUCAUGUGACUGAGGAACCAAAAAUAACACACUCGGUUGUGUCACCAAGUCACUCGCCUUUUCUUUCUUUCUUUUUCUUUUUUUUUUAAAAAAGAACAAAAACAAAAAACGGCCUAUUUUCUAUCGCGGUGGAGUUCAGACGUCUGACCCAACACCCCUUCUCCAAGACAACAGAAACAAACCUUUUCUCUCAAGACUGUCAGUCACCUUGGAAAUAUUCUCAGGACAGUAUUCGCUCUGCUGUUGCUCCUGCAGUGCAUUGUGGGGAAUCUGCGCUCUGGCCCUCACAACGCGCCCCGACUGGACGAGGCCUCCUUGUCCUCCUCCUUGUCCAAACCACCCAACUUUUGCUGUAUAUUGUCUUUGUGAACGCUCGCUGGGAACCUUCGCAUGCUGCCCGGCGCAGAGGAAAACCUCAAAGUCACCUCUAUAUUGUUCUGCUCCUGAUGUUUGUACGUAUGCGUGUGUGUAUGUGCGUGUUCGGGGUUCAGUAUGCGAGUAUUUAAAAAAGAAAAAGGGAAAAAAAAAAAACAAUCACCAUCUAAUGUGGGGAAGAGAACAAGACGGACGCGAGUUCAACCACGACGAGCAUCGCAGGCAAAGGAGGCGAAGUCGUUCUAUGCAAUGAAUCCUGUUUGAGAAAAACCCGAGGAGGUGAAGAACAACGUAGAAGGAAGUCACAGUCAUUGUUCAUCACUCCUCAGUUAGAAACCGUGUCUGCUUCGUUUCCUUUCUGUGAAAUUUUGUGAUAAAAAAGCAAGUUCCCUUCUCCUUUGAUAUGAGGAGCUGAAGACACGUUCACAACAACUGGGAAGUUUCACUUGUGACAUGGCCAGGAAGCCUUUAGGGCAGCAGUGAAAUUGGUGAAAGUAUUUCGCUGAUCUGAAACGCUGUCUGGUAAACAACAGCUCUAUAAUAUCAAUAUAUCCAUCGAGAGUGAAAUAUCCAAGUUGUCCUGGAUGUUGAUUUGUUUAGCAGAACUCAUCUGGGUCCACAGAAAAGCUUUCUAAAGAUUUACACACUUGCCUAUGUUAUAGGUGUUGGGCUGCUUUGGGCUUCUCCUUUCUGACGGCCAGAAACAGUUUGCUAUAAUUGUGAAGACAAUGCUUCACCAGAGAGCGUCUUGCGCUGAUCUUAAAAAAAAAGUCAAAUACAGGCGUUUAAGAAACACACAAAUAAAUAUAAAUCUAUAGAUUAGUUUUAAAUGAAGUACUGUAAACUGCUGCUGAAGCAGAAGUGCCCUAUAAGACGCAUCUUUCUGAAUAAGACGUAUCUUGCAUGGUGCAGUGAAGCACCAUUCAGAGCAUUCCUGAUGUGAUUAUUUUUGGGUAGUAGUGAAUUUGGAGGCUCUGUACAUUUACUGGAAAGUAAAAGUGCAGUAAAGUAAAUGUACAGAGCAAAAAUCAUCUGCCGGUUCACAUAAAUGUGUUUGCUUUUUGGUAUUAUUUAAUGAUAAUUUUUUUUCAUGCCAUUUAAGGGGAUGGGAUGUUAUGAUCCAAACAACCGGAUCGCAAUAGAGGCAUUAUAAAUGAUGUAUUUGUAUUUGCAGUUUUCAUGCUCGCCACACGGCCAGCGACUGCAUCCACAAUUUGAACAUGACAAUUACAAUUUUAGUUCCAAAUACUUAUUCAUUUGUUUAUUUUGAAAAUAAAUUAAACAUGAAGUCCGUAUAGGGUGCAGCGAAAUUUUAAGAAGUUCAAAACUGAUUUUACUGAGGGGCAGCAUGAAUUUCUCUGUAAGCCUUAUUCACAUCAACUCCAAUCACUUUGAAAUACUUUGUUGGCUGAACGAUCCAGAAUGUCGCUGGUUAGAUUAUGUAAUAUGUUUCUUUUAUUGCAUAUACAUUCCAUAGAUUUUAAUAAAACAGUGUAUAGGGAACAAAAACCCCUGACUGAGACCUCAAUUAUAUAUAUAUAAAAAAGAUCCCUCCAAACCUUUUUAGAACUCUUAUGUGACUUUCACAAAUCACUUAUCCAUGUAAAAAUAGUCUAUAUAUUUUUUUGAAAUAUUAAAAGCAUAAUUUAUUAUAUGUAGAAAUUUAUUUUAUCAAAUGGAGAGGAGAUGCUAAGAUAACUGAAAUAAAGGCUGAAACAGAUCUAGACACAAAAACACUACAAAAAAUAUCUUAUGUAAAGAUUGAUCUAUUGCUUAUGUUAUUGCACAACAAAUAUAAUCAUAUAAUUAUCAAACCAUAAAUAGAAAUUCUGCCUAAACAGAGUUUAUUUUAUUUAAUAAAUGAUAUAGUGGCAAAUGUAUUUUACCGUUGUUCCAAAAACUUAAACAGCAACACUUUAUGCCUUUUGUUGACCUCCAGUAAGUUGGAUGUGCGCGAUCCAAACAGUUUAUUUUACAGAUGCACUGCCUCUAGAUCAGUGUCUUAAACAAAACCAACAAAUAUGCUAAAAGUAGAACAUAUGACAAGUUUGGAUUUACCCAAUUUAACACCAACUUCCUCAAUUUUGUGUCCCAUGUGUUUUUUGGAAGUUUGUAAAAGAAAAAAAGAACCAACUACAUAUAUAUAUACACAAAUGAAAACUGACUAAAAUGAUCCUCAAUCACUUCUGCCUCAGGAAAGCACGCGCGCUUAAUGCAGCCUUGCAACAGAAGACAUUCAGAGGACGCCAGAACACCGUGAGUGUGUGUUCAUGCAGGUGCAGGAAAUUUAUGUGCCUGUGUGUGUGUGUGUGUGUGUGUGUGUGUGUGUGUGUGUGUGUGUGUGAAUGACACAGCCACUAGCACACGAUUAGUAAAAAGAACUGUGCAGAAAUAAGAUUAUUCCACAUCUUAUUUAUAUUUGAUGUUUUUUUUUUUUUUUUCUUGUGUCUUAAUUUUUGCUCCUGCAUGAAUACAGCCAAUGAAGACGACUUAAAUAUGCAUAGCAGUAAGGGCUUCUAUAUUACAAUACUGGUGACUGAAGAAAGCCAUCCUGUUACUGCCCUCCAGCCAGUCAUGGAGUCUCUGUCCUCACACUGCAUGGUGUCUUUCUGUGUCUAGCAGUGCACUGGACAAAUCAGACCACAGUAAACGCAUCACAGCCUGUUUUUUUCACCAAUGUUUCAACUGUAAAAGUGAUUUUAAAAAAAAAACUCAAUAAAUGUUCCAUUUGUCUGCUUUCAAAUGGAAUAAUGGUUUGCAAUAGAAAACAAAUGUACAGACAUGAGCCUGUAGGACGUCUGUGUUUUAAAAGAAAGCUUUGAACUUGAUUACUAUGACUACCACUGGAAGACUUUAUACCUUUGUUUUUACGAUUCUUAUUUUUAAUGCACCGUCGGUUGCUUUUGGGAAAUCCAGGCUGUGGGUGUUUGUUGUAAAACCCAAAAGGUAGCAUCUUUGUGCUCGCACUGAGCAAAGCCCCCGUGCUCCUCACUGUCGGUCAACGUGUGACAGGAUGUGAUGCAAGAUUUUCAAACAAAACAAAUGCGUACAUAAAUAUAUAUAUAUAUAUAAAGUAAAUGUUUCAUAUAGGUGAGAGAUUAUAAGUAAAGAAGAAGCCAUGAGGAAAAUUGUCUGUUUGUCAUCGUCAUUUCAUCUUUUAUCUAUAAAAGUGCAUGAUGUGGACACCUUCCAUGUUCUCCCCCGUAAGCCCAACCACUACCCCAGUCACCUCUCUGACCUUUGACCCCUCCCACCCCCACCUACCAUCCUUAUUCCAGUGUAAAUACCAGAUGUGAACCGACCGGAGUCCACUCCAAACAUGUAAAUGCCAUGAGGGACACGUCCUGUACAACAUGUAAAUCUCAAACAAGUCACCACACACACACACACUCGCAGACACACACACGCAGAAAAACACACACAUGCACAAGAGGCGUGAGAGAGAGAGAGAUCGAGAGGCCUUUGUACUGCAAACAGCAACCCCAGCUGCAGCGUAUGCAAGCCAAGAACUCCCUGCCGAAACUUGUGCUGCUUUUUUUUUUUUCCCUUCUUUUAUUUAUUUAUUUUUUUUGUGUACGAAAACGACAAAAACAAAACCACAAACCGGGGCCGCGAUCAGCUGACAAACUGCAUUGUGUUUGUACGUGGCUGGCUUGUUAUGGACGGUUUAAAAGUCAUUAUUAUAUUUAAAAAGAAAAAAAAAAAAAUAAAGAAAUCAUUGUAUUCGGAUAUGGAAUUUUAAAAAAAAUAUUGGUCUGUGUAGAG